AUGAAGACUGCACAACAUUCUCUCUCCCGGCAGCCUGAACAGGCCCAGCUCCUGCGUGACAACAGCCUCUUCAGGCUCAGCUCUUGCCUUACGGAGGUCAUCCCCCGCCAAGUUCCUGCCUGCCCCCGACAUUUUCUCCAGGCCAAAAUCUUCCUCAAGUCAGCCUCCCCAGGCGCAGCUCCUGCAUCUUGGUGGCCUCUCCAGGCCCAGCUCCUGCCUCCCGUCCGCCUCUACAGGCCCAACAUCUGCCUCACAGCAGAUUCUUCAGGCCCAGCAUCUGCCUCACCGUGGUCCCCCCAAGCCACUCCAGCCUUUCAGCAGCUUUUACACACCCAGCUCCUGCCAUUCAGUGGUCUCUUUAGGCUAAGCUCAUGCCUCACAAGGGCCUUUUCAAGCCGAACUUUUGUCUCAUGGCAACCUUCCCUGGCCAGAUUCCUGCCUGUCUCCCAGCAGCCUGGACAGGCCCAGGUCCUGCCUCACACUGGCCUCUCUACACCCAGCUCAUGCCUCACGGUGGCCUCUCCAGGCCCAGCUCCUGUCCCAGGACGUUAACUCCAGUCCCAAAACUUCCUGAAGUCAGCCUCUCUAAUCCCAACUACUGCCUCCUUUUGGCCUAUGAAGCUUCUCAAUUUGGUCUCUCCAGGCCCAGCUCCUGCCUGCUGUCGGCCUCUACAGGCCCAGCCUCUGUGUCAUGGCAGCUUCUGCAGGCCCAGCUCUUCCUCCUGGCUGAGUCUACAGGCACAACUAUUGCCUCACAACAACCUCUUUUGGCCCAGCUCCUGCCCAGCUCAUGGCAGCCACUGUAGGCCCGAAACUUCCUCAAGUCAAACUCUCCAGGCCCACCUUCUGCUUCCCGGUGGCAUGUACAGGCCAAGCUUUGACUUGACAACAGUCUCUGCAGGCCCCGCUCUUGCCUCCCAGGCCUCUCCAGGCCCAGGUCUUGCCUCACAGCAGCUGCCCCAGGCUGAGGUUCUGUCUGCCUGUCAGCAGCCUUGAAAGGCACAGCUCCUCCCUCACACUGGCCUCUAUAGGCCCGACUCAUGCCUGUUGGAGCCUAUACAGGCCCAGUUCCAGCCUCCUCGUGGACUCUUGAAACCCAAAACUUCUUCAAAUCAGCGUUUUUAG